CUACCGCCGGCGGCUCCGCGCUCUCGGUUCAAACCGGCGGCGGGAUCGAGCGGCGCCGUGUGUGGAGCGGGGCCGUGCCGUGCGUGUGCCUGUAUGUGUGUGUAUAUAUAUAUAUGUGUGUGUGUCCGUAGUGCACGGAGCGCGGCGGCCGCCAAAUGUUUGAACCGGAUCCCGGCAGCGCUCCGCCCUCCGUCGGGGCGGGGCCGGGCCGUUGGGUGGCGGGCGCGGGCCGGCUGGCGGCGGGGCGGGUUGCGGGUCCCGCCGUGUCUCGCAGGGCCCGGCGAUGCCGAGCGGCGGCGGCGGCUCCUUCUGAGCCCGGCGGGGCGGAGAUGGGCGCCGGAGAGAAGGAGAACCAUCCCCAGGCUCCCCGCGGGACGCUGCGGACUCCGUUGAAGCAGGCGGGCGGUUCGCAGCGCGUCCUGUCCGAGCUGCAGCCCGGCUGUCAGCCGCUCGCCACGCCCCCCAAACCCGGGGGGGCCCUUCCCGCUGAGCCAUGGACGCCCACCGCCAACCUGAAGGUGCUGAUCAGCGCCGCCAGCCCCGAGAUCCGCAGCCGCGAGCGGAGCCGGGGGCUGCAGGGAACGCGAUGCUGCCAGGAGCACUCAUCAGGAGAUGAGUAUGAACGAUCCCAACCCAGUCGCAAAGAGAAGAGCCUGGGUUUGCUGUGCCAUAAGUUCCUGGCCCGGUAUCCCGAUUACCCCAGCGCUGUGGAGAACAACUACAUUUGCCUCGAUGAAGUAGCUGAGGAGCUCAAUGUUGAACGUCGACGUAUCUAUGACAUUGUGAAUGUGCUCGAGAGCCUCCACAUGGUGAGCCGCCUUGCCAAGAACAGGUACAUCUGGCACGGCAGGCACAAUCUUGCCAAAACCCUGCAAACCUUGAAGAAAGUUGGAGAGGAGAACAAAUACACACAGCAGAUUCAGAUGAUCAAGAAGAGGGAGUACGAGCAGGAGUUUGGUUUGGAUGGCAGGAAUAAUGAAGAAGUGGCAAGAUCUUUCAACUCCAAUGAGCAUUCAGAAAUGUGCUUUGUGGAGCUCCCAGGAAUUGAAUUCCGUGCUGCCUCUGUUAACAGCAGGAAAGACAAGUCUCUACGAGUGAUGAGUCAGAAAUUUGUGAUGCUGUUUCUUGUAUCAACCCCUCAAAUAGUCAGCCUUGAAGUCGCUGCUAAAAUCUUGAUUGGAGAAGAUCAGUUAGAGGACUUGGAUAAAAGCAAGUUUAAAACUAAAAUCAGGAGACUUUAUGAUAUAGCAAAUGUUCUCAGCAGCCUCGAGCUUAUCAAGAAAGUUCACGUCACAGAGGAGAGAGGCAGAAAACCAGCAUUUAAAUGGACAGGACCCGAAGUCCCACCAAACACCCAGGAUACAAGGCUUGAAACAACAUCCGCACCCUGCAUCUCACAGAUAUCAGAACCCACCAAUUCCAAGGAGCAAUGCUCAAAAAACCUUUUUCCUUCAAGAAUAAAGCAGAACUUCACUCGGCAUCCCUCCCUAAUCAAGUUAGUUAAAAGCAUAGAAAGUGACAGAAGGAAGAUCCAAUCUGCUCCAACCAGCCCAGUUAAAAUAAGCCCAACAGGUACAGAUGAAAACGUAUCAGCUUAUACAAGUAAAGUGUCUCAGCUCGCAGCAGUUCCUCAAUAUCAGCUGGAAGAACCACCAAAGAGACCAAAAGACAUGAAAAAUAACGUGUUGGGAUCUGCUUUGGAGCACAGUCUGCCCUGGCCUGAGGCAGCUCCCAAGGCCAACACUCACACUGCUGCACCCCCUCCAAAAUUGCUUCUCACUCAGCCAUUGGGUGCCCUGCCUCCGAGCCACCGCUCAGCAUCACCAGUGAUCCUACCUCAGCCUCAUUCUGGUGCCUCCUAUGCAGUAUAUGUGCAUCCUUCUCAAGCCCACGCUGUGACAGCGUACAGCCCAAGCUUCAUGUUGCAGCCUCUACCGUGUGCUAAUGUGACAGGAAUUAAAAGUAUUCAUCCAAAAGCAUUAAGUGAAAUGACCGCCAAGGAAGGGGACAAUUGCACAGCCGCAGCUGAUGCAGGAAAGGCCACGGCAGCUGAAGAAAGACCAGUUAUAGAGCCUGAGUCUUCAUCAAAGAGGUGCCUUAAGAGAUCUCAAGCACUACAAGAGAAUAACUUGAUUAAAAAGUGUAGAAGUGAUGAGGAAAGCCUUGAAACUGCUGUGGGAGAACUCAAUAAACACGAAAGACCACCUUCCAUCGGCUCACAAACCAACAACGAAAUGGACAACUUCCAGGAAGAGAAACAGAGCAGAUCUGAAGAUCAAAGCGUGGAAAGUUGUUCUGAGCAAUACAAAAGAGAAUGUGCUCCAGAAGAUGAGGACAGAGCCAAAGCUAAACAGGACCUACCUGUAGCAUUUGCCAUUCCUGCUCAUGAGACCUUUUUUCCAUCUGGGUACCUUAUCCCUCUAACUCAGUGCACUCACCAUAGCAACAAGGCAGCUCUUUCUAAUAGAGAGAAAGCUGGGAUAUGUUCUGUGCAGCACACCACUACCCACAGCUCACCCACUGCAGGUGUCAUUCCAAUGAUAGCAUCUGAAAUGAAAGCAGUUAACAUUCCGGCUUUUCAUAUAACGUCCUUGAACAUCAUGCUGUCACCAGCUUCUAUAGCUGCUGCACCUGUACUGAACAACUCCCACCUCAAUUCUAGCAGUAACAGUUCAGUCCCAAACCCAAGUUCUUCACUUCUGAACUUUACACUGCAGCACAUAGGAGUGAUGCCUGCUGGUGUGCAAGUCCCUGCAAACCCCGUUCUUCAGCACAUCCCAAUCCUAUCAAAACCAGAAAGCACUAAUCGUAGUAGCUCAGAAAACGCGACCUUACAAGAGGAAAAGCCCCCUGUGCCAAAGGAAGCCCCGGAGCCUCAGCCAGUGACAGAAAACUUCUUCCGCACACCAGGAGGACCAAACACAACCCCGUCACUGUCUGCAACCUCAGGUGGUACCGACACAACCCCUCAAGGAACCUCACACAUUGCUCAACGAAAACUUGAAGUGCCAGAAAACUGAUCUUUGGGCAUCAAAUCGCCGGCUGUGUUAGCAGUGUAAUUACUGAUAUAGCACAAUGCACAUGGGAUGUGUUUUGGAUGUGAUUGGCAAGACAACGAUACUGGAAUAGCCUGAACGCUGUAGAAUUCAAACUGGCUUUACUAUGGAAGUUCAGGCUAAGUGUUUUUACACAAGGCUUUUCUAAAGCAACUGAGUUUUGUAUCUCAUUCUGCGUUGCUCUUCUGCUAUGCAAAGUAAACUGAAAGUGUCUGUACAGAAAGGUACCGUCUAUCAAUCAGUGCAUGUUUUGCACAGAGAAAGUACUGUGAGCCUGUACAUAUUUAAUGCUUCCCUUAAAGGCCGUAGUUAGGAUUUCUUGUGCUCCUGUGUUCAGCUGCUCCUCUUUUAUAAGGUUAGCUUUGAAAAAAAAAAUCUUUAACAAAAAAAAUUAAGUUUUUAUAUAAGUUAAGAAUUAUUUAUACUGCGUUGUAAAAAUAAUUUGUUCAGACAAAAAAAUUGCAUCCAACUCAUUUUGACUUUUUUUUUUGUUGAAUGGAAUUAAAUGACUGGUGUUGCUGUAA